AUGGCUAGUCUACUGGCUACGAUGUUUCUAUCGCAGAACAUGGCUGUGUUACAUAAAGGAAGUCCCAAACCGGGCAAUACCAAAAAGACCGACGAGUCGAGACUCAUGUUCACCCAUUUCUCCCCCAAGAUCCAGAGCAAAGCUGCCGGAAGCAUCUCAAACAGCCACGACUUCAGCUAUGGGGCUGGGCCGACACGAAAUAGCGUCACCGAAGCCUGA